UAAAUCCAAACAAAAGAAUAAAAAGAAAAGAAAAGAAAAUCUGUCUCUCUCUCUCUCUCUCUCCCUUUGGCUCCUCUUUCUCUCUCUUCCAUUUCCAUGGCGAAACUAACGGAAAACGCAGUGUCACCGGAACGUGCAUCAAACAACACUGCAAAUUCACUGUAAUUGGAGCAAAAUUAUCGUUUAUCAAUUGCUUGAAUUCGAACAAUGCCUAUCUCAAGGUACCACAUUCGUAGCGCGCACAGUUUGGCGGAUCCGGAGCUGCACCGUGCCGCCGAUAAGGAUGACUCCGAAGCUCUCCUUGAAGCCGUAGCCAUGAGCGGACUCGUCGGCUUCUUGCGCCAGCUCGGUGACCUCGCUCAAUUUGCUUCUGAGAUGUUCCACGACUUGCAUGAAGAAGUAAUGGCUACGGCUGAAAGAGGCCACAGUCUUAUGUCUCGUGUUCAACAGAUUGAGGCUGAAAUUCCUCCACUUGAGAAAGCAUUUUUGUCACGAACUCAUCAUUCUUCAUUCUUCACAAAUGGAGGGAUUGACUGGUGUCCUAAUCUUCGAUCUGAACAGAAUCUUGUUUCACGCGGAGAUUUACCUAGAUUUAUAAUGGAUUCAUAUGAAGAAUGCCGUGGUCCACCUAGACUUUUCCUUCUAGACAAGUUUGAUGUGGCUGUUGCUGGGGCAUGUCUGAAGCGUUACUCUGAUCCAUCAUUCUUUAAAGCAGAACCUGCUCCAUCUGUAAGUGCAACAGGAACAGUAGAAGCUCACAGGGAAAGGAAAAUUCGUAAAGUCAAGCAAAAGAAAGGGGAAUGGCGGAGGGUUGGUGAGACCCCUGGAGCUGUACUAUCACAUUCAAAACUACAUCAGUUGUUUCUUGAGGAGCGUAUUGAGAAUGCCUGUAGUGAUCCUGCUCGUCUUGUGAAACUGAAAAAAAGACAAUUUGAUGGAUCUGCAGUUGAAGCAACAUUUGGGAGAAGUUACAUGGAGGAAAUGCUGGAAAUGACCUCACCUGAUCAGCAAAUGGUUGAUGAAACUUCACUCAAUCCACUGCCUGUGAAAUUGAUGUCAAGCGACACUAGUGAAACUGGGAUUAAAAUACUCGAAAUCAAUGGCAUUUCACCUAUGAGAAGGUCUAUUGAAAAUGGAAUAACACAUUCUUCAUCAAAUGAGCAAGAAUUAGAACUUAAUUCAUGUUCAGAAAUAGGCAGGAAGACAAAUGGAUAUCUUGUGAAGGAGCCCGAACAAAUCUCUUCUGAUGGGACAGGUGAAGUGUCUUCUAAGCAUCUCAAGGUACCUGAUGAAACAGAACUAGUGGAUGAUGAUGCACAAAACAAAUCUCUUCUGGUGGAGACAAAUGGAUAUCUUGUGAAGGAGCCCGAACAAAUCUCUUCUAGUGGGAUAAGUGAAGUGUCUUCAGAGCAUCUCAAGGUACCUGAUGAAACAGAACUAGUGGAUGAUGAUGGACAAAAUAAAAGAAAAGGCAGCCUAGACUGCUACCAUUCUGAUGACGCGGCUAGUGAGGUUGAUGAUUAUAUGGAUGCAUUAGCUACCAUAGACUCCGAGUUGGAAAUAGACAAUGAGUGUGGACCUAAGAAAAGCCUUUUGAAUGUCCAAAAGGUAAUUGAUUCAAAUGAUGAAGAAGAAGAACAUCAGCUGCAAGCUCCGUUUUCAGAUUCUCAAUCAUUUGGAGACUCAUCAUUAUCAGAGGAAAUGAGUUCAUUUGAACAAGAUAGAAGUGAAGAGAAUAUUGAAGUGCAAGCUCAGCUACCAGACUCUCGGUCAGCAGGAACCCCCUGUGCAUCUGAUGAUGAUAAUAGUUCAUUCAGAAGAGAUAGAACUGAAGAACAUACCCAACUGCAUGCUCAGUUAUCAGAUUUUCAAUCAAUUGGAAAUUCCUUACCAGAGACUGAAAAUAUGCUUUCCAACCAGCUUCCACAAACUGUUGAAUUGCAAAAAAAAAUUGAUGAGUUUGUCACACAUGAUGAUGCUCAUGAUCUUGGCCGAGAAAUAUCUGAUUCUCGACCAGUCUCUUCUGGUUUAUGUCCAGUAGAUUCAGGAUGUUUAUUGUCUUCAGAUCAUGGAGCUACAACUCUAUCAGACAAAACACCACAUGUUCCCGUUGAACGGCAUUUAAGGUUAGAAGAUGAGGAAGACACCAUCUCCCCAAUAAAAGAUAAUACUCUCCCAGUUGUUUAUUUUGACAACAAUUCUUUAAACAACUUGGAUGUCUGCAAUCCUCAUGUCCAUUCCCAUACUCUGUUACAAGUUUCCAAUGAUUUAAGUUUAGUCCAUGAAGGCGAAUGUGGUGAUCAUUCUGACAUCGAAGUGACGCAUGAAGAAUCUCCUAAUGAGUACUGUUCUGAAAUAUCAGUCAAUGGAGACAAUGGUCCAUGGGGGGAGGAUCCCAUUUGUCUGCCCAUGGAAGUCGACCUUAAUCCGGGCACUAAAAUGCAACUUGACUCAGAAGAUUUGUUUCCUGUUGUGGAGACUGCCAUAGAGAAUAGCUUUGCAGAGGAGCUAUUCUCUGAUUUUACACAAGGAAAUCCACAAGAUGCACCUGAUUCGGUAGAAGUUAAAAUUCUUUAUCCUGAUCAGCUAUCGAAAUUUGAAGAGGUACCAAAGAUAAUGUUUGACCAUGAAAUAGAUGGAUCAACAUGCAAUUUGGAUCAAGUUGAAGAUGAUGAUCUUAUUAAACAUCCACCUUCUCCUAAUUAUAUACUGCAGGAUGACGAUGUCAUGGUAAAUGAUAUGUUUCCUGAAAAAGUUGUGUCCAAAGAUCUGGCUGUAUCUGCUAUUCCUUCUCUUGAUAAUGCUGAAACUGAUGCAAGUAUUGUUAAUUGUCAAGCUUCAAAUUCUAUUUUUUCCCCAUCAAUGAAUCCUUCAAAUUUGUUGGAAUCUUUCCCAGCUUCUCCAGAUUCCAAUAGGAUGGAAAUGGAAUCCAACGGGGUAGAGUUGACAAAAAUUUCCAUAGACUUGAAUGCAGAGAAGAGGGAAAAUGAACUGGAACCAUUUUCAUAUAUGACAUCUCCAGUGAGUAGCCUUACAAAUUUGGAAGAAUCUUUUUCUACUUUUGAUGAUUCUCACUGGAAAAAUUUGGAAGUCAGUGAGGAAGUUGCAAGAGAUUCUUUGACAGAGCUAACAUCAGAUUUAGUAGUGGAUCAACUGAAAAUUGCUUCUACUGAUGAACUGUUGAGCCUGAGCAGAUCAGAUUCUUCUAACUCUAGUAUAUGUAAUAAUUUUCAUUAUUCAUUACUCAAGGAGAAAGACCAAGAUGGUUCUUCUCUCAAUGACAUGAAAAUGGUGACCAAAUGUUCAGAGCUAGACUCUCAAGAUUCAGAAUCUACAAUUGUUUGCAAGAAUGAUCUACAGAACAGUAAAGAUGAUUUUUCACUACCUUCCUAUAAUCAACCGGAGCCCGAAACCCAUUUAGAGUGGACCUUAAAACCACGAGUUGUGCAGCAAGAUGUGGGUUUUCUGCUAAAAAAUGAAGAAAAAUGUACCUCUCCAAAAUUUGAACCUCAGCCGAUGCAGAUAUCAAACCAGUUGGAGCAAGAGAGAAUAAAUUGUGUUGCUUCUGAGUUUUCUGCUGAAGUCCAUCUAGAGGAAUCUUCAGAUGGUUCCGCAUCAAAGUCAUCUGAUCAGAAGAUUAACCCAACAAAACAUUUCACGGAUCCAUUGAAACCUAUACUUCCUAAUCUUUUUCGCAAGGCAACCAAAAUAAAUCUUGAGGAAACGCCACCUAUGCCCCCUCUACCACCUAUGCAGUGGAUAAUGAGCAAGGUUCAAAAUGCUUCCCUAGUUUCACAGAGAGAAGAAAUAGGUGUAAGUCAAGUAUUAUUUCAACCAGUACAGCCAGUUAUACCUGAUUAUAACUCUCAAUUUGGCUUAUCAACUUCUGAAAGAGUAACCUUGCCAUAUCAGAAUCCUUUUUUGCCUGCUGUGGCUGUGGAGAGUAAUAAAAGCCUACACUCUUCUGGGUUAUCAGCAGGUAUUUCAGAGCAUCCUGUUGCCAUUCCUUUGCAGCUACCUGUAAUGGUAAAUGAAGCAAAUGGUCAGCAUAAUUACCAAGUUCUGGAGAAAACUCAAAUUCACAACCCUUUCUUAGCAUUACCCAUGCUAUCUUAUGGUUGGAUGCCACAUGGACGUGUUGUAGCUUCAGAGGGAGAAAGUAUCCUGAAAUCAAAUCCAUGCCCGCCGACACAUCCCCCUGAAAGUGCUGUUUCUGGGGCUGAUCCCAGCGACCAACGAGAAAAAGUGCCUCAGUUCAAGAAUCAGUUCAUGGAAGAUACAAGUAUAGAAGCUAAAAAGGAUAGUCCUGGAGAAAGCAUAUUGAAUUCAAGUUCAUGCCAACCAAUACUGCCAGCUGAAUGUGCUGUUCCUGGGGCUGAUACCAGCGACCAACAAGAAAAACCGUCUCAAUUCAUGAGUCAGUUAAUGGAAGAUACUAAUAUAGAAACUAGAAAUGAUAGUCCUGAAGAAAGCGUAUUGAAUUCAAGUUCAUGCCCACCAAUACUUCCAGCUGAAUGUGCUGUUCCUAGGGCUGAUACCAUCUUUCCACAAGACAAACAGACCCAGUUUUCUGGUCAAAUAAUAGAAAAAACAUGUUCUGAAGCUAAAGAAGACACCAGAGAAUUGCACUCAGUGCCACCGGCUGAAUGUCCUGUAUCAGGAGAUGAUCCCAUUUCUUCAAAUGAACAAUAUUCUCAUUCUCCAAAUGAAUUAAUGGAAGAGACUGUUCUGGAAUUUACAACACUUGAGGAGCCAUCAAUUGAUUUGGAAAGGGAUCAAGGUGAUCAUAUAGUCUCACCUAAGUCACCACCUCCAAGUAUAGAAAUUAUGCAGCCCAAUCACAGCUUGCUGCCUUCAGAGGAGGAUGUGGCGAUGUCAUUGGAUACAUUGGCCCAAUCAUCAGAAUUUGAUUAUCAAAUACCAAAUGGAAAGUCAAAGAAGCCUCCUCCACCUCAGAACCAUUUAUUUGACGUUGUUGCCGCUCUUGACAAAAGCAGGCUGAGGAAGGUCACUGAUCGUGUUAGGCCCCCUGUAGCACCCAAGGUAGAUGAAAGAGACUCAUUGUUAGAACAGAUUAGAACGAAGUCCUUCAACUUGAGGCCUGCUGUGGUUACACGACCCAACAUUCAGGGUCCGAAAACGAACUUGAAGGUUGCUGCCAUCUUGGAGAAAGCAAAUUCUAUUCGCCAGGCUUUGGCUGGAAGUGAUGAAGAUGAUGAUGCUUGGAGUGAUUCUUGAAUUUACUACAUAAUGAAAAAUACAGAUCUCAGUGCCAGUAGAUGUUUUUCUAUUGCGGGUCUUGCCCAAAAUCAGAUGUAAAAAGUCUUUACUCAAUAUAUUGAAUAGGAAAUUUACUUUAAUAUACAAGAUUUAAUAUCCUACCGUGUGUUCAUAUACGGUACUCUGGACAACAUGUGUCCCUCCGUGAGUCCUACUAAUUCACUUUCAAUUUCGUAAUAACGGGAACAAGCAGCAUCUGUUGCACUCAUUCAAAGCAUUUUACAAAGGUGAAACUCCCUUCAGUCAGAGUCAGGCUCAGCGUGUAAGAGAUGUAUCCAUCCAGAUCUUCCAACCUAUUAGAAUUUUCUAAGUAUGUGUAUAUUUGUCCUGUGGUUGUCAUAAGUAAAUUUGUAAUUCUGUAAUAGCGGUAUACUGAUAAUUUCCUGGUAACACCAUGUAGUUCAUCUGUUUGUGUCUCAUACGUAGUAUAUAUGUAAUGUAUACAUGUGAGUAAAAUGUUUUCAGUAGUAUUUUUUCUUUC